AGGGGGCGGUGGAAAAAGAACUCAAUCAAGAUGGCGGAUGAGCAGCAGGAAUCAUCACAGGGAGAGAUGGAGGGAGUCAACUGCCUCGCAUAUGAUGAAGCCAUUAUGGCACAGCAGGACCGCAUUCAGCAAGAGAUAGCCACCAGUAACCCUUUAGUGUCGGACAGACAAGAGCUCUCUGUGCUUAAGGGAGAAUAUGCCAUGGAGGACACCAUAUACCAACUCAAGAUACAGGACCUUCACAAAAAGUAUUCGAGCAUUCGGAAAACACGGCCAGAUGGAAAUUGUUUCUACAGAGCUUUUGGCUUUGCACAUUUGGAGUCACUAUUGGAAGACAGCAAAGAGCUGCAAAGGUUCAAAGCUGUUGCAGCAAAGAGCAAGCUGGACCUUGUAAACCAGGGCUUCACUGAGUUCACAAUUGAGGACUUUCACAACACCUUCAUGGACUUGAUUGAGCUAUGUGAAAAGCAGCAGUCGCUCGGAGAAGUGCUGAGCUCCUUCAAUGACCAGAGUGUGUCCGACUACAUAGUGGUUUAUCUGAGGCUUCUCACCUCUGGAUACCUGCAGAGGGAGCAUGUGUUCUUUCAGCACUUCAUAGAGGGCGGACGCUCCGUCAAAGAGUUCUGCCAGCAGGAGGUGGAACCCAUGUCAAAAGAAAGUGACCACAUUCAUAUCAUUGCCUUAGCACAGGCACUGAACGUGCCCGUAUUAGUGGAAUACAUGGACAGAGGAGAGGGUGGAACGGUGAACAAUCAUGUCUUUCCUGAAGGAAGUGAGCCACGCAUCUUCCUGCUCUACCGCCCAGGCCACUACGACAUCCUGUAUAAGUGAUACUCCUACAUAUAUAUUCUCUGUGGUUCCAUUGUGAAGAAACCAUCUCAGUUCUACAGCCAAGUUGUCAUAUGUAUGCGUACAUACAUGUUUGCCAGGCUAUUAUUAAAAAUCACAAUAAAAAGAUUCAAUCCAGUUUUUUCUUCCAUUACAAAGUGAAUUUGUCUUCAUUACAGACAAUUUAAGCUAUUGAUCUCAGAACAAUUGACACUGCAUCAAACGGCAGCAUUACGGUUGUACAGUAGUUUAUUUUUUGGUUAUGUGGUUGUAAAUGUAAACUUGCUUUUAGUGUUUUUCCUUUGUUACACUGCCUUUCAUGAGUUUUAUUAAAGGGAUUUACACCU